AUGGCUAAAACCCUCUUUGACCUCCUGGAGGUGCACGACCAGUCGUCCGAAAACGAAGAAGACGUCCCAACAGUAUCACAGCAUCCCCAUCCCCACCCCCAUCCGCAUCCCCAGGCCCAGGUCCAGGUCCAGCCCCAACCCACUGAAGACGGGGCGUCCGUUACCAGUACCGCAGCUACAGAGGAAAUGCCACCCAGUGGCCGGCCCCGGCCCAACACUCCCAGGCGGGAGGCCGACUUCUCCUCCCUUCUCAACCAUGCCGAAAAGGUCGAAGUCAGCUCGCUCAUUAAUAGACUGACCGACAUGAUGCAGAAGCAGACAACCCAGUUGUUUGAUGUGUUUCCACCCGAGAGCAACCCCCUGCCCGUCCGCAUCACGGUCUGGAACAAGCUUCCCCCCUAUCUCAGAGACCUCAGCUUGACCAAGCCGGUCGAAGAGCAGCCCAGAAAGGCCCCAGAGAAGCAGGAGAAUGUCAAGCCAUCGCGCUCUAAGAAGGGAGGUCGGUCCAAUGGCAGAAGAACUGACAAUAGCACCUCCUCGGACGCCCCUCCAGCCCCAGCCCAGAGGGAGCCUGACGUGCCACUCCGUCCUCGCCAACAGGAGCUCAAGAAGGAGGCGCUGAUGCACUUCAAGCGCUGGCAGACGGCUGUGCUCAAGCGUUCUGGCGACAUUUCGAUCCGAAAGGCGAACGACUACGGCAAUCAGUAUGGGUAUGGGCCCAAGAGAGGCUCGUCGUCCUAUAAGAAAAAGAGGGCAAACAGUAAGUUCCAGACCCAGGCCGACGGCUGGGUCCCAGUUGGACGUCCUGACCAUGUGGCAGACUCGCAGCCGGCUACCAUGAUCAACGUCACACCCAUCACCGUGGAAGCCGAUCCUGCCUUCUGGCAACUGUACCCGCCCAUUGCAACAGCGCUUUCGACUCUCCCGGCAGGCAAGAGAUGUCUCUUGCUUCAUUGCCUCAUGCUUUUGCUGCUCUCGCUUGAGAGCUACAACGCCUACACCCGCAUCUUGAUGCUCAACAUCACCUCGUCCCUUCGCUUACCACUGCGUGUCUUGACCGAGGAAGAGGUGAGAAUUAGCAAGGCCUUCGCUGACCUUGCCAAGACGGUGUCAUUUGAAGAGGUGGCUUUGAAGAGGACGGAGGAGAACAAGUCUUCUCGGAGACGAGCCGGCCCGGCGGGCGCUCACUUUGUGCCCAGCGGCAAUCUCGCAGCUCCGCUGAUUGCUGCCAGCAUCGGUUCAGUCACUGGUGGUAUGGGGGUUGGGAGCACCACAGCCGCGGGCUUUCUUGGCACGAUGGCUGAGAGUGGCCUCGUUGUCGGAAACGUUCUCGGUAUGUGCCCUUGUCGAGCUGGCGGUAAAACUAUGGAACAACACGCCAAAGACGUUAGUGACGCCGGCUUUAUUCCUCUUCGCGGCAUUGUCAACGAGGAGUGUUUCAAAAUUAGCGAGAUUGUUCCAGAUCAUCGCCGGAUUCGAGUCGUGUUGGGAGUCGGUGCCUGGCUGCCCAACAAGACGGACAUCUUCCGCCCCUGGAGAUGCUUGGGGGAGCAGAAUGAGGUGUAUGUGGUUCGUUGGGAGCUCGACAACCUGGUCAAGCUGAACACGGCGCUCGAGACCAUGGUCAAGAGCGCCGCGUGGUCCAUCGCCAAGAAGGAAAUCAUUGCUCGGUCUAGUGAGCCCAGUUCCAAGCUCCUUCAGCCUGACCCUGCGAAGAGUGCUGACCGCCACGGGCCAGUUUAUACUAGUCUGAUCGACGCCCGUUGGCCGGCCUCUCUUCUAAAGCUCAGCAAGAUUGUCGACAACCCCUGGAACACCUGCAUGGUCCGCGCCGACAAGCUGGGUUCUAUUCUUGCUGAUAUCAUCUCAAGCAAGGCGCCCGGUGAGCGUGGUGUCUCGCUGGUCGGGUACAGCCUCGGUGCCCGCGCCAUUUACACCUGUAUGGCCAUUUUGGCCGAGCGACGGGCGUUUGGUUUGGUGGAGAACGUGGUGGUCAUGGGCCUUCCGGCGCCUUCGGAGACGGCCAUCUGGGUCGCCAUGAGAAGUGUGGUGACGGGUCGCAUGGUCAAUGUGUACUCGGAGAACGACUACAUCCUGGGCUUCCUCUGCCGUCAGUGCAGUGUCGAGUAUGGAGUUGCAGGUUUGGAGCGAAUCGCCGGGGUUGAAAGUAUCGAGCAAUUGGAUGUCUCUGCUAAGGUCAGUAGCCACCUCAGAUACCCAUACCUCGCCGGCACCAUUCUGCAUCACAUCGGCUGGGAGGACGUCGACAAGGAACAGGCCACCCAGCAGGAGCACGCCAUGUCGAUUUGGGAGGAGAAGCUCCGGCAGCACGAGGCGAGACGGGCUGCUGUUGAGACGGGCAGGCCGGACCCUUUCAAGACCCUGAACACCUUGACGGAUACAACGAACAAGGGUCCCGAGCAAGGUAUUAUUCGUACCCGCAUGAGGAAGAAGAAGGGCAGGAAAUGA